AUGUGCUCCAGGCAGAGCUCCGGAGGCUGCCACGGGAUGUCCUCCCAGUCCAGCGGCUGCCACAGCUGCUGCUGCUGCUGCCGUGGGGGCAGCUCCUCCAGCUACCAGUCCCAGGGCUCCUCCUGCUGCUCUGGGGGCUCAGGAGGCGGAGGAGGUGGAUCCUGCUGCGGUGGAGGAUCCGGUGGUGGCAUGGGAGGAGGAUCCGGUGGUGGCAGCCAGAAGAUCAUUAUCAGCUCUGGUGGAGGAGGAGGAGGAGGAGGAGGGGGAGGCUCCUCUGGAUGCUGCGGUGGGGGAUCCAGUGGUGGCUCUUCAGGAUCAAAGGGCAUGAUGGGAGGUGGAGGUGGAGGAUGCUGUGGAGGAGGAUCAGGGGGUGGAAUGGGAGGAGGAUCCGGCGGUGGAUCAGGAACGAAGAUCAUCAUUGGAGGGGGAGGCAGUGGAGGAUCUGGUGGUGGAAUGGGAGGAGGAUCCUCAAAGGGCAUGAUGGGAGGAGGGAAGAUCAUCAUGGGAGGUGGAGGAUCCUCUGGAUGCUGUGGGGGAUCCAGUGGUGGCUCCUCUGGCCAGACCAUCAUCAUCAGCUCUGGUGGAGGUGGAGGUGGAGGCUCCUCCCAGUCCUCCCAGCAGAAGUGCCCCAUCGUCAUCCCCAGCGUCGUGUCCCACCAGACCAAGCAGAGCUGCUACUUCCCCUCUGGCCACAAGUGA